CGGCCCGGGUCCCAGCAGAUUCAUGAUGCGGAGGAAAACAGGAGAAGCUCGAGGGACCAAAGACGAAUAAAGGUUCGCUCCGACGUCCAUGUAUGGAGGCCGAACCCCCCGUGUCCGUGACUUCUUCUCCCCGUGAUGGAGACGUGAGAGACGGUGUUAGCAGAAGCGGCUAGCGGAAGACGAGCUGCGGGUCUGAGGAAAACAAGCGGUCCACCAUUGUGUCUGCGUAAAAACAGAAGAAUGGCCUGGAUGUGGAAGAAGAAGCCACUGAUCGCCACCAGCCUGGUCGUGGCCGUGUCUCUCUUCGUGGUUGUGGUGAACUACGCGGAGAUGCCUCACUUCCUCCUGCAGCCCGUGUUCGGUGAGACGUUCAGCAGCCACUGGAUGUUCUCCAAGCAGCCCUACAAGGCCUUCAAACCUCACCUGGGCUACGUCAGCGUCCCCAAACAGGAGCCUCUGAAGCUGAACUGUGAGCUGUGCAGCAUCGUCUCCAGCUCGGGUCAGAUGUUGGGUCAGGGCGUCGGCCCGCAGAUCGACCGCUCUCCCUGCAUCUGGCGGAUGAACAACGCUCCCACGCGGGGGUUUGAGAACGACAUCGGCCGGCAGACCACUCUGAGGGUGGUGUCUCACACCAGCGUCCCCCUGCUGCUGCAGAAGCCUCAGUACUUCUUCGGGCAGAGCAACGACACCGUCUACGUGGUSUGGGGGCCGCUGCGAAACAUGAGGAAGGACGGGAAGGGCAUCGUUUACAACAUGCUGCGCCAGGCGUCCGARAACUACCCCCACGCUCGGAUCUACGUCACCACGGAGGACAGGAUGAACUACUGUGACAUGGUCUUCAAGAAGGARACGGGGAAAGACAGGAUUCAGUCCGGCUCCUACCUGAGCACCGGCUGGUUCACGCUCAUCCUCGCCAUGGACAUGUGCAAAGAGAUCCACAUCUACGGCAUGAUAAACGACACCUACUGCAAGUCAGACGGCUACAGAAAAGUUCCUUAUCAUUAYUACGAGGCAGGAGGACGGGACGAGUGCGCCGAGUACCUCCUCCACGAGAGCGCCCCCUACGGCGGACACCGCUUCAUCACCGAGAAGUCCGUUUUCUCCAAGUGGGCCAAAACGCACGCCAUCAAGUUCUUCAACCCGCCGUGGCAGCUGUCGUGACCYCGGCAGAACCAAGCGGAGAGUCGGUGAAGCUUUGGUUUCGGCUCAAAUUUAACUCCACGUUUGUUGUUGUUYGGUUUUUCAGUCCUGUUUGGUCGCAGGGUCUUCUGCUUCCUGAACUGUUAAGUUUUCUUCUCCUGGAGUUUACAGCUGAUGAAUGUGGAAACCUCCCAGCUCUGCACUGACUAAAACAUCCACCGCUGCUCUGUGAGUCCAGCAGAGGAUGGCUUGAACUCGUAUUUUUGUUUUUGAAAAGAAAAGAAGAUAAAGCAUCAUCAGCUUGCAGAAAUGUGUUUUUGGUUGAGGAGCCGUUCUGGAUUGGACAUCUCAUCAGCCUGUUUGUUGUUUCCUCUGUCUCCUGUCAGGUUGUAAUUAAUCUUCAACUAGCUUCAUUCAGGCCCUCAUCUCUGGCCGAGGGACAUCUGAAGGCAGACAGUUUCAAUUUACUCCUUUUAAAAACUCUUCAGCAACCAAGGUCGUCUGAAACCUGCCAUUAAAAAAKAACUAAAAAAGAAGCAGUUUGCAGGCAAACGUCAGGUAAACCCGAGGCGUAAAUUCUAAAGAUGUCAGCUCUUUUUCUUCUGCUACAAUCACGUGAAACUGAAUUUUGUGGCUUCGGCUCGAUGUCUGGCCUUUUUUUGCCAAUUUCUUCUGCAGAAGCCGCACUUUUCACAGUGUGUAGAAACUCCAUCUUUAUGAAAGGAGGCGAAGUCGUUCCAGAGCCUCCAGAGGAGCAGAUUCAUGCAGUGAAACCAUACGAAGUUUUGUGCCUGUAGUUUUCUGUACAGUUCACCAUAACCACUCUAAAGGAAUCGGUCUUUUUUUCCUCCGAUCCUCAUCCUGCUUCAUGCCUGUGCGUGUGAACUUUGUCCCAUCUGCCUCUAAACCCAUCGUCCACGUCUCCUUUUCAUUUUUAAAUGCAUCUCUUACAUAACAGAGAUGUUAGUUGGGAGAAUUGAAGAGGAGUGAAAUGAGUCAAAUUUCAGCCGUUUGAUUUACAGACAGCCCUGAUAUCCUGCMGAAUCUGUGUAAAGUUCAUUCUUUGGUUUGUCCGCUUUAAAAUAUAACAAGAAAAACAAAUAUUCAGGCGUUUUUUUAAACUAAAUUAGAAAAACGACAGUUGCAAAGCUAAAAAAAAAGCUACAUUUUCUUAAUUUUAAUAAUUAAAGCAAAGACAUGAUGUUUGUCUUAUUUAGAGGGAGUGGAUGCGUCUCAGUGAGAGCCGAUGAUCUCACCAACAUGCUUUAGGGUGUUUUCACACCUGACACAUUUGGUCCGCUUUAAAUGGACCAGAGUUUGUUUCCCUCGUUGGUCCGGA